AUGCAGGCAGUGAGCGUUCAGUCGUUUGGAGGCCCCGAGGAGCUGAAGAUCGCAGAGCUUCCCAUCCCCUCCCCCGGCAAGAGCCAGGUCUGCGUCAAGCUCUUCGCCGCCGGCAUCAACCCGGUGGACACGUACAAGAGAGCAGGAGUCUAUGCUCAGCUUCCUCAGCUCCCUUACACACCAGGGACGGACGGCGCUGGAAUCAUUCAUGCAGUCGGGGAGGGGGUGACCCAGUUUCGUGAGGGGGACAGAGUCUGGCUCAGCGGGAGCGUGACAGGAACGUACGCCCAGUACUGCACUGCGAACCUCACCGACGUCCAUCUGCUCCCGGAGGCAGUGUCCUUCGAGCAGGGCGCGGGCAUCGGGGUUGUGUACAGGACGGCGUACAGAGCCUUGUUCACAAGGGUCGCUACCAAGCCAGGCUCCGUGGUCUUCGUGCAUGGCGCGUCAGGAGGCGUCGGGAUAGCUGCGAUACAGCUUGCCAUCAGCCAUGGGUGCACCGUCGUUGGGACAGCCGGGACGCCAGCUGGACUCGAGCUGAUCCGCUCCCAAGGGGCGUACGCUGUGCUGCACAACCAGGAGGGGUACAUGGAGGAGGUCCUGGCGAUGACGCCGGAGAAGAAGGGAGCCGACGUCAUCUUGGAGAUGGCGGCACAUGCAAACCUCGACAAGGACCUGAAGCUGCUGAAGAAGAACGGGACGGUGGUGAUCAUCGGGAGCAGGGGAAGUGUGGAGAUCAACCCGCGCUCCCUCAUGACGACGGAAGGGAACAUCGUCGGGCUGCUGGGCCUGGGUUCCCCGGAAGAGCUUCAGUCUGUCUUUGACGGCAUCCAGGAGAGGCUGGAAAAGGGCUCGAUCAAGCCCGUGGCUGGGGUGAAGUUUCCCCUGUCGGAGGCGGCGGAGAGUCACGUAGAGGUGAUCGAGCACAAGAUGGGGACGACGGGGAAGGUGAUCCUCGUCAUCGAGCACUAG